AUGUCUGAUUUUGUUGAAGAAUGGACGACUUAUACGGUACAAGAUGCAACAAAUGAAUUUUUAACAUCAGAACAAAAUUUAAUGAAAGUUUAUAUCGAUGUGUAUGAUACACCCGGCUUUUACCUUAUAGCGAUCCAAGAUAAUUUACAUGAGCUAGUUAAAUUGUUUCGUCCAACGUUAAUAUUUAUAUAUGAAAAUGCAUCAGGCACAAAUGAUACACACCAUUGUUUCAUAGCACUGAACGGCGGCGCAUUAGAUAAUUUAGAGAAUAGAAUAUUUUUUUUAAAUACCAAAGGCGAUGUUGAACAAAUAAUGGCAGACACUGAAGAUAUUAGUGAGAAUAAUGUAGAAGAAAAGUUUUCCGAAAUCCUGUUGAAUGAGCGCGUUAAACGUUAUAAGCUAUUACUCCAAAUACCAUCAAUUGCUAGCGACAUACCGGGAAGAUUACCGUCAUCGUUAACAGAGUGUGACUGUUUUGAUGUUGUUAGUACACAUUCUAAUUCGUUACCACAAGGAGUUGAGAUGAAUCAAGCAUCAAUAAAUCGUAUGAUUCAGUUUGUAGCUAAUUCAGAUUUGAAAAUUGCAAAAAAAGUUACUAACCUUGUGUUAUCGGGUGUUCAAGCAUUUUUUAAUUUUGCUCUUAUAACAAGUCAUCGUUCACGUGAACAAUCAGAUAGAUUAUGUCCAGAUGCAAGACAAUGGAGUGAAUUUAAUACUCGAAGUCAUUUUAAUAGAUUGUUAAGAGAUGCAUAUGAUAAUGUUCUCCAACGUUUGAGUGAUGAAGCAGAUGCUGUUCAACAAGAUAUUGUUAAAGUGGCUGUCACUGAAACGGCUGUUUGUACUGCUAUAACAUUUGUACUGCUAACAGUAUCGAAGAUUAAUACAGACGAUGAUAUGGUGAAAUGUGUUAAUUUAUCACAAUGUUUUUCUGAGAAUCAAAAUGAAAAUUGGCAAGGUGCAGAGAAUGCUAUAAAAGAACAUAUUCAAAGACCAGAAGAAUAUGAACGAACGAAUUUUGUUGAAAUAAGAAUACCAACGCCAACAUUAGAGCUCGGCAUAGAUGCGUAUGAUACACCAGUUCAACGCGAUAUACUUGUUAACUUAACAGCAACAGAAAUAGAUCAACGAAAUUGGUUUAAACGUUUAAUAUUUAAUAUAUUGAAGUUGCCAAAAAUGUUGUCACGUUUAGCUAUCGGUAUUCGAACAUUCCCGUUUAUUGAUCAUUGGAAUAAAAUAGCGCCGGCAGCAUAUAAAAGCGAAGAAAAGUAUUAUAAGGUGACAGAUACUUUAGAUUCAUCUGAAAAUUUAACUGAUGAAACAAAACGAAAAGAUUUUGCUUCGUUGGAGAGAAAUUUAGAUAAGUAG